CGACUCCAUUACCGGCGAGGCGGUUCCCUUCUCUUCUAACAGUGUCGAACCGCAGAAGUACCUGGAGAAAAUUACCUAGUUAUUGACCAUGCCGAUAUUUUACUAGUCGGCUGGUAGCUGACUCCAUUCUCGGUAUUCAAGGAUAAUAGCCGUUAUGUUGUAUGUCGAUCUGGUCGAGAUUUUCUCUUGAGCAGAUGGGGGAGGAGAGUAUAUAACGAUCCUCCAGUCAGUCCUCGGUCGACUAGUCUGCUGCUUCUCUCUGCGGUGCUACUGUUGACGGUUUUCCAUCACAAACUCUGUUCAGAGUCACGCCAGGGUUUGACCAUGAUUUCCAUCGCACCAGGCUCCCACCAGAGCCUCCAGAUAGGCUGCUAUGUCAUUUUCUCGGUGGCCAUGGUGGUCGUCUGUCUGAGGCUUUAUGUCCGGCAGUUCCUCGUCCGCAAGUUGGGAGUCGACGACUAUCUCAUCAUCGUGGCUUCGCUCUGCUCCAUCGGCAUCAUCGUCACCGUGCCGUACAUGUUUAACCUCGGGAUUGGCCGGCACAUGACCGAGUUGACGGAGCACCAGCUGCUGUACGGCAGGAAGUGGGCGUGGGUAUCGCAGAUUCUAUACUAUCUCGCCCUGGGACUCGCCAAAACAAGCAUGGUGGCUCUAUACAUGCGUCUCGCCUCGGAUCCAAUGCAUAUCCGCUUUCUCUGGGUUUUUGGGGCCAUUGUCUUCUGCCAUGGUAUCGCAGUUACAAUUGUCACCAUCGAUAUCUGCACGCCCAUCUCCAUCAUGUGGUCACCCUCCUUCCCCGAGGGAUGCAUCGAUAUCCUCGACUUCAACUAUUUCAACGCUGCCUUUCACAUCUUCACCGAUAUCAUGCUGGCCAUCAUUCCCAUCCCGAUUCUGCGCAACCUCCAGAUGAACAAGAGGAGGAAGAUCGGCCUGAUGAUUGUCUUCGCCGUCGGUCUCCUUACCAUCGCCACCACAGUCGCCCGCCAGGUCACCAACGCCAUCUCCCUUCUCCGUCCCGACUUUCCAUGGUACUGGUCUGCAGCUGAGCUGUGCACCUGUCUGGAAGUAAACAUGGGCCUGAUCUGCACGUCUGUGCCGGCCCUGCGCUCGCUGUUCAAGGUCUACUUUGGCGGAAGCAGCAACAACAACAACAACAACAAAAAGAACAACCAGGGAGACGAGAGCUACGAGCUGAAUCGCAAACAGACGAGCUCUGGCCGCAACGACUUCAAUCGCUUCGAACGCGGCAAGAAGCAGGUGCGCACCCAUUUCUUCGGCAGGGCUUCUCGUCUCACCAGCACGAGCAACGAGAGCCAGGACGAUAUCAUCCCCGGCGAGACUGACGGGGUCGUGCAAACAACAGACUUUCUCAUCUCAUAUGAGGGGGGAGGUACUACGCAUAAAUAGAUUUCCUUUGUUUUAAACUAGCUUUGUCGACUCUAGAGCUUAAUAAAUAUAAAACUUAUUAAUAUAUUGGAC